AUGAAGGCACAGGCCGACAAGAAGCGCACUGAUCGCUCCUUCGUCGUCGGGGACGCCGUCUUCGUCAAGCUCCAACCCUACGUGCAAACGACGGUGGCACGUCGCACCAACCACAAGCUCUCCUUCCGCUACUUCGGACCUUACAAGAUCAUCCGCAUCGUCAACCCUGUCGCCUACGAACUCGAGCUUCCCGCCGGCGCCAAGGUCCACCCUGUCUUCCACGUCUCUCAGCUACGACGCGUGCUCUCCAACAACACGACGGUGGAAGACAAGCUAUCCCUUCCACCGGAGGAACCACUGUCGCCGGUGGAGAUCAUCGACACAUGCUGGCGCAACACCCCCCAGGGCCGGCGCGAGCAAGUACUCGUGCGCUGGUCUGAGCCAUCCAUCCUUGACGCCACCUGGGAAGACGCCAAGUCCAUGCGCGAGCGCUUUCCGGCUCUACUGGCUUGGGGGCAAGCCAACUCUCAAGGAGGAGGGGAUGUCAGCGCACGUACCGCCAAGGCAGUCGAAGGCUUCACCCCGAGACACGUCAACAGCCGGCCCAAGAGGAUCGCGCAGCCCAACAGAAGAUUCGUCGGGCCAGAAUGGGCCCGCUGA